AUGAAAGACAGUAAAGAGACAACUGAGCAGGAUCAGACUAUAAAGAUCUCAGACAACAUCAUUGUUAUUGAAAAGGAGUUCAAAAACGACAGUUCUCACAGAGAUCUCAUUACUGGCAUCAAGGACCUCAAUGAUCUAGAAUUUCUCACUUGUGGAGUUGAAAUGGCUAUGAAAGUAUGGGACAAAUCUCUGCAAACCUGUGACUACACCAUUGAAACGCACAAGCCAUUGUACACAAUGGCUAUCACUGGCGAGCGUAACGACAUCAUGAUUGCAGCACUUGGAGAUGGAGAUCUCAUUGUGUUUGGCUUGACCAACAAGAACCAACUAGAUAUAGUAGAAAAUGCUCACAACUCUACUGUGAUCUAGAUCGUUUCACUCUAGAAACUUAAGAAUAAGUACUUUGCUUCAAGAUGUAUUCACGGAAAUGUAAACAUAUGGUCAGCUACUCAUCAUCCAGAUCGUUUGUUCACAAUUGAGAAUAUCGAUAAGGAUGAGCCUUCUUAUAUGCAUGAAGCUACUAUGAAUGCAACUAAACUAGAGUAGCAUGAAAGUACUAUGCUUUAAACUGCAACUGGAUCUUCAGCCUCCGAGAGAGAUAUGAUGAUAGAGUUGAAAUUCACUCUAUAAAAUCAGAGCUCAUCUACUUUGCUUUGCUUUUCCAAUUAUAAUGACUCUCAAAUAGUGAUUGCAGUAGUUGACUUAAAAACAAGAAGAAAGACCAUUAAAUCUACUUUCAAAAAUCAAAGAAAGCCAACUUAUAUCUAUCAGAUAAAUGAGCAAAAUUUAUUUGUUGGAACUGAAGGUGGGAUGAUUGAGCAUUGGCAAAUUGAACCAGGCAACUUAGUUUAAACUUUUGAAGCUCACACAAAGAGUGAUGAAGGCAUCUCAUCAAUAAUUUAGUUGAAAUCAGAGAGUUAUCUCUUGUGGGGUUCAUAUGAUUCUCUAGAUAAGAGCGACUACAAGUUGUUGGCAACUGCAUCUCAAGGCUCUCCUGAGUUUAGACUUUGGCUAUUACAUCAUAAUCCAAGUGACAAUACAACUACCCUGAAACCUCACAUAAGAAUUGAGACUUCCUUGUAAAACGGCAUUAAGUAUUUGCUUGAGUCUUCUCAGACCUAAAUUGUAGCUGUCGACACUCAUAAGACACUAAAAUUCUACGAAUUCAUUGAUAAGGUCAAGAAAGAAGAGGAAGAAGCAAAAAUAGCUUAGGAAGAAAAGCUAAGUUAAGUGUUUAGAGAUGUUUUGAAUAAAUAUGAUAGAGAUGGAUCAGGCUUGAUUUUGUAUGAUGAAUUGGAGGCCAUAUUGACUGAUUUCUUCUACGAGAUCUAAAUACCUUACCCUGGAAAUUCUCUAGUAGAAAAUUACAUGGCAUACUUAGAUCAAGAUGGAAACAAAAGUUUGAACAAAUAUGAGAUGAAAUAUCUCCUGAAUCUGAUAACUGAUUACGGGGCAGAAAAAAUGCUGAAGAAAUGA